GUUAAACUCGUGCGUACAUGUGAAUGAGAGGGGCGAAACUGGAUGUGGAAGUCAAAGAGGAGACAACUCAAUCAGUUUCUUUUCCAUGGUAAUAACUUGAACAACAGUUUCCUCGCAAAUGUCCCUGGUCUCGUGUCUGCGACUCAACACGAUUGCAACUAGUCGGCGAUGUUCUAGUCCGCAUCAUCUCCUCAAACAGGGGAAGAAGCCUGGAGUUCUAUCGAUGGCAAUCGGACCAGCGCCAUCGGGGCUUUCUUCGUCUUCAAGGAUAACACUACGACGGAAGAUGGAAAUGACUGUGAUGACAGGAUUAUGUUCGAAAAAUGCCAGAACGCGUAGUUUCCUUUCCUUUAGCGAGAUUUGCGGUCCUAGAGAUGAUUGUGUAAGAUUCUUCAGUGCUCGGUCUCGUUUCAAACAAAUUCCUGUCCACUCGUCGAUUCUUCAGUACAUAAGGCGGGUUGGGGUCGGCCGUGAAGGAAAGGAGAGUCGACGAAAGAAGCGACCAUUUCAGAAGCACAAGAACAAAAACAUAAGUAUCAAUAUAAUUGACAAUGAUCGUCGUGAGAAACAAAUGGGAGAGCACUAUAAAGAUACGAUGAGUCGAAAAGAGGAAAGGCAGUUCUUGGCAAAUGGGAGAAUAGUGCAUCGUUCUGACACAGCCAAUUCGUCUCCAUCUAAUGGGAACCAACAAUGGCAAGGAUGGCAACGAUUAUCACCACCCCCACCGUUUGGAGAGGGACAACAAAGACGAAAAAGCAAACCUGUUUCACGUAUGACGCGACCUAAUGGACAAAAAGAAACAGUGAGCGAUGCUUGUAUAUCGACAGCAAUGGCGAAACAGAAAGCACCCAAUAUUCGCGUUCUACCCGUGAAGAUGAUGGGGCGUGUGACCUCUUCUAGUCCCUUUUCCAGUGAUGAGGGCGAUCUCGAAAGUUAUCAUUUUCCAAUACCGACAUCGGGAUUGACUGAAGUGGCAAUUGUCGGAAGAUCGAACGUUGGGAAGAGUACACUUGUAAACGCGUUGUUGUACUCCGGUCAACCGACGGCUGAACAAGAAAAGUCGGAAAAUAAGCGACGAAAAUCUACGAAAAUCGUAACAACUCAGACAGCGAAGUUGCCUAAGGGACUGAAGGCAAAAACUUCGGCCAAGCCAGGUGAAACUCGCAGUAUUGAUUUUUAUCAGCUGUCAGCGGAAAUUGAUGAAAUCGGCUCCGUCAAACCUAGAGAGAAAGAAAACGACAGUCGGGAAUCACUGAAUAAGUAUUCCAAGAAUUCGGUAGGAAGGGGGAAGAGAAAAAUGUCGUUGGUCCUGGUCGAUUUGCCCGGAUAUGGAUUUGCAUUUGGUCCGAAGAAGGAAAAAAAUAUGGCCCACAGUAGUGGGGCUUCAACUAGCAACGGUUUUUUCAACCUCGCAACUGGUUCGUUGUUCUCAUGGCAAUCCUUGAUAGAAACAUACAUUACAUAUCGACCAAGAUCCUCCCUGAAGCGUGUUCUGCUUUUGAUAGAUGCCCGACAUGGAAUGAAACAGGCAGAUUAUCAUUUUCUUGCAUCGUUGCAGAAGGGUUUGCUGAAGCGGAAAAAAAAGUCGGCUACUUAUAAAUCCAAUAAGCAACAGCAUGUCCCUGACGAAUUACCACCCCUACAAGUUGUGUUAACGAAAUGUGAUUUGGUCUCUCAGGUCGACCUUGCACGAAGAGUCGUACAAGUUCGUCAACAGCUAUCAGAUUGUCUGAUACGCCAACCCAAAAUGCUUCCUGAAAUGUUAGUCAGCGCUCAAAUAGAUGGCCAGGCUGGGGUAUUGGAGUUGCAAAAAGAAUUGGCUUCUCUUUGCGAAAACAACUUCUAUCGCUAAUCGCAGCUGUGAAAGCGAAUUUGCAAUUGGAGUUCGAUUUUCUUAACUCGCACGAAAUUUUGCUGUUUAAAGUAACCGAAUGAAACUGUGUAUACUUCAAAUAGUUUUGGAAGAAAUUGUACAUGAAGAAGAAUUCUCAAUGUUUUUUUUCAGUCAAACUGCCUUUCGAAAAGAGUCAGCUGGAAACGUUUCAUUGAUAACCAUGAUGGUAACUAUCAAAAAAUGUGCAGCGUGCGUGACUAUACUGGGUAUGGCAAAAAAAUAAUAUAAGCCGUACUGACAAAUAACACUAUUAUGAUGUCGGUACUGACUACAAUAACUCUUGGACGUGACAGCUUGUGGCGCGCUCAUCGCUCUGAUAUAAACAAAUGUUACCGGUAUGAUUUACUUGCUGUUGCGUAGUAAUAGUUCAUUUCAACCGCAAUGGAGAACAUGAGUAAUGACACUGAGGUUUCACAAUCAUACCAAGUACUUGUACUUUCCACUACGAUACUAUUCACACUCGUAUCUUGAAAUCAAUUUUGUUUUCCUCUUCCUCUUUUUUCACCUCGAUGACAGUUUUGUCUAAUUCAUCAACAAAUGACUUAAAGUAUCAGAGAGGCAAUUUGACUCGGUCGAUGCAUUGCAGUGCGAUGACUACCAAGAACGAAGGAAUUGCUUUUGAUAGUAUCGGUUUUGAAAAUGUACCAACCAUGAUGUGGACCCCUUAUUUCAAUGAUGCGAUAAAGCAUUUUAUAGACAUCGUAGAAAUUCUGGCAUGCAAGUCGUCUUCAAAUAAUUAGAAGGCAUACUUGCCUUCCAUCGCGAGAUUAGCAACAUAAGGCUCAAGGGAAUCAGAAAAUUUAUAACAGUCUUUUUGUACAAGUCAUCUGGGAGUGGAAGGCAAUGUUUGGCAAAUCAAUUCACUGUUCGUCGGAUCUAUCAUGAAUUUCCCGAUUUGGUUAAUUGCGCCUUCAAAGGUAAAGUAAUCUUCGCGUAAUAAUUCAAUCUGAGCCUCCAUUUUUUCAAUUUUUGAAUCAGGAAUCUCCGAAAGAUUCAAAAGAAGAUCGGAUACUUCUUCAAUUCUGACUGUAAAUGAUAUGCCUUUCAACAAAUUUCCGUACGGAAGCCAUGGUUGGUCAAGGUAGACUUGGAUCGGAACAAGUCCCAUUUGAAGCGUCUCAAUUACAUGAUAGGAUGUACGACCAAAUCCUCUAGGACAAAGAGAAAACUUCGAUUGUGCCAUCACAUCUCGCCAUUCGGAACCCUUGUAAUAGUAUCGGCUUGCUUGAUCUAGAUGAGCAAUCAUUUUCUUCCUCAUGUCAUUGGGUGCAUUGGUAUCGCUUCCAACAUACGACACAAGAUAUUUUCUUUCAUUUAAGGGAACUUUCUGAAUGAGCGCUUCUGGCUGUUUAAACAAGGGAACAGGGACGUGACCGUAUCCACCUGCACUCAAUACAGUGAUAUGGUACAU